AUGACUACGGUAUUACUUUCCUUUUCAACACUGCUGCUAAGCGGACUCGCCGCAUCGCAGGCAACCCGUGCGAUUGACGGUGACUUCGCAGACCCCAGCAUCAUCGAGACCGACGACGGGUACUAUGCCUUCGCGUCCAAUGCCCACGGCGUGAAUGUGCAGAUUGCAAACUCUUCCGACUUCACCGCGUGGGAUCUCAUGUCCGGAUCAGAUGCCCUGCCAGGACCCUUCCCGUCUUGGGUGGCGUCCUCGCCCUCAAUCCGGGCACCUGAUGUGAUUCAAAGGGAUGACGGUAAAUUCGUUAUGUAUUUCUCCGCAGCGUCGAGUGAAGAUGCUAGCAAGCACUGCAUUGGAGCAGCUACUGCGGCCAAUGCCACAGGUCCUUAUGUGCCAGAGGACAAGGCGCUCGUCUGUCCCCUUGAUCAGGGUGGAGCAGUUGAUGCGGAUGGGUUCGAAGACGAUGGGGUAUACUAUAUCGUGUAUAAAGUGGGCGACGAUGACGCACAUGCCUCUUCGGUCAUGCUGCAAGAGCUCGAUUCGGACGCUGUCACUCCUGUCGGUGAUGCGAUCCCACUUGUGAUACAGCACGAUCAGCAUGCGACUGGUGACCAGCAUGCGACGGACAACCAUGCGACUGGCAGUGACGAUGUCGACGACCUCGGCGACGAUUCUGAGGACACCACCGACGACUCCCAUAUGACUGGCACUGAGUCAUAUAGGCGCGACACUUCCAACAUUUUCAGUGACGAUGUCGACGAUCUCGGCGGAGAUUCUGAGGACACCACCGACGACUCUCAUAUGACUGGUGGUGAUCCAUAUAGGCGCGACACUUCCAACAUCUUCAGCGACGAUGCCGACGACCUCGGCGAUGAUGCCGAGGAUACCACCGAUGAUUCUCAUAUGACUGGCAGUGAUUCAUACAGGCGUCGUGACACUUCCAACAUUUUCAGCGAUGAUUCUGAGACGACCGAGGAUGACUCUAUUGCGACUCGCGACGUCCAUGCGACCCGCGACGACAAUCAUGCGACUCGCGACGACCAUGAGACUCGCGACGACCAUGCGACCCGCGACGACGCUCAUGCCACCCGCGAUGAUGCUCAUGCGACUCGCGACAUCCAUGCAACCCGCGAUAACGAUGAGACCAGCGAUGAUUCCCAUCGGCCCAUCAUCGAAUCGCCAAGUUUGGCAAAGAUUGAUGGCACAUACUACCUUUCGUUCACUUCGGACAUCGACGGCUCGGACGAGUAUGAAGUGAGCUACGCGACGGCUUCCUCGAUCACCGGUCCUUAUAUUAAGGCUCACGGUCCUGAUGCUGAGUUGUUCGACUUCGACGCCGCGGAUGAUCAUGUUACCGGAGCUGGCGGUGUUGAUUUCUCGGCCGAUGGAAGCAAGAUUGUGUUCCAUGCUUUUGAGAAUGGCCACGACAUCGAGGAUGGACGUGCCAUGUUCAUUUCUGAUGUUCAUGCUACUUAG